UAGCUUUUGUGGCUCCAGAUUAAUUUUAUUUGGUUGAAAAUAGGGCAAAACGGCUCUUUGGAUUAUAAAGGUUGCUGACCCCCGGCCUAUGCCACGCCCACCUUUGAAUCCAUUACCCAAUUUUAAAUCCUGCUCACUCAAUUGUCCAAUAAUAAUAUAUAAACCUGUUCUAGGUGGACUAUAUAGGCCUUUGUGUGUUUCCCUUUACUUUUUAAUUUGUUUCCCCUUUUGUAAAUGUGCUGUCCAAACACCUGACUCAGCUCCGAGAACCCUGAGUGUCAGAAACGGUCCAAAAGCACAACAAACCCGUCUUCUCAGAAGCAAAUUGACCCUGAAUGUCACUCAACUUCCGCUUUCAUUGCGCGCGCGCUCCCGUGAGGCGCACGGGACUUCUCAGCGGGCACGCGGGCCCUUUCGUCCGCGCGCGGGACCAGCAGCCGCAUGCCAGCGGAUCACGUGAUAUGACAAAGCAGCUCGCUACUUCCUGUGUCGGCUGCUGCUCGCGAGACAGUCCGCGUCCAGACGACCACACAGCGCUGCGGCCGCCUCGUCACUCCCAAAAUGCUGGCCCUCAUCAACAGGCUUUUGGACUGGUUCCGGUCGGUCUUCUGGAAGGAGGAGAUGGAGCUCACGCUGGUGGGACUUCAGUACUCCGGGAAAACCACAUUCGUCAAUGUGAUUGCGUCAGGCCAUUUCACUGAAGACAUGAUUCCCACAGUCGGGUUCAACAUGCGGAAGGUCACUAAAGGCAAUGUGACAAUAAAGAUAUGGGACAUCGGGGGACAGCCUCGCUUCAGGAGCAUGUGGGAGCGCUACUGUCGAGGAGUCAACGCUAUCGUUUACAUGGUGGACGCAGCAGACCGAGAGAAGAUGGAAGCUUCCAGAAAUGAGCUGCACAACCUUUUAGACAAGCCACAGCUCCAAGGAAUUCCGAUUCUCGUCCUGGGCAACAAGCGAGACCUACCCAACGCGCUCGACGAGAAGCAGCUCAUUGAAAAACUGAAUCUGUCCGGCAUUCAGGACCGAGAGAUCUGCUGCUAUUCCGUCUCCUGCAAAGAGCAAGACAACAUAGAUAUCACGCUGCAGUGGCUCAUCCAGCAUUCAAAGUCACGGAGAAGCUGAAAAUGACGUUGUCGUCCACCCCUCCCCCCCCCCCCCCCCACCCACCCACCUCAGCCCGCUAAUGGUCACGGCGCCUCGACAGCCGUCCUUUCCACUGCCUCUGUGAAGUAUUCCAGCUAUCUGCUCACCACCCAGUGAACCAUCAUAGAUGUAGCCCCCCCCCUCUGU